AUGGCGAUUACAGCCACAAUACAAGUAAGCAUUGCUGUUGAUCUUAACGGGAAGGCUGUCGUUUUGAUGACCAUUGGCCCUCGGAAGCCUAUCACCCUUCACACGUACAAUGUCUACCUCAUGGAUGCUCAAGUUGACAUCAGAGGCGAUAUCUCAGAGGCUCUGAGUGUCACUAAGGUCGAGGUAACUAUUUCUGACUCGGAAGGAAAUAGUCUAAAACUCAGAGGUGAUCAUUCCGUUGUGUUCGAGUUGGAGCCUCCGGCGAGUCAGCUUGUUGACCAGGAGGUGCUCACUUUCUUGUUUGAAGUCAACGACAUCAGGAUUUUUGUAGUGGUAGCUAGUAUGACGUUGGAUGAUGACAUGAUGCGGCUGCCACCACCCUUAUCAAAGCCCGAGCCAAAUGCGUACAAAAAUGUCUCAUACCCUUGCCUUAUGUCCGAGUCCUGCCGGAGUUCACAGCGGCGUAACCUGUACAGUCUUCAAGUUGUUUUCAGAAGGCAGCGGCCACCUGGUAGAUUUGACAAUGGAGUUGAUAGGAACUGGCAGUCACCACCCGGAUCGGAAAGGCUUGAGAAAAUGACCCAGAAACACUCAUAUCAGAUCAGGGUGCUUUUAUUCCUCGUUCACCUUCCCGCCCUCUGUCCUUCCCAAUUACUUCUACGUAUGCCAUCCGAGAAUAACCCCCCGUCAACACUGCCGCCACCGACUGUUCCUGUGGAGCCGUCACUUGGUGUUCAAAUGUUUCCUCAUGCUAGAGCGAAGCGAAGAAUUGCCGCCCUCUUGGAGGAGGUCAAAACUUUGAAGCAAGAUAAAGCAACAAAACAAAGGCAUGGACAACAUUUCUCGGCCUCACAUAGUGAUUUUGAUCUAUCAUUGUCAUCUAGGAAGACGACCUACUAG